ACAUACGGGACGGACUCGGACCAGGAGGAAUAGGCGCGGGCGGCUCGGGCACGAACUCGGAUCUCAUGGAUGGGAGUCUGUGUUGUAAUGUGUUACAGCUGAUGCGUAUCUGCGACUCUGUGAGCGUGACCAGCUCAGACCUGGAGUACGCGAUCAUUGUGUUCUUUAAGCAAUUUAGUAAGAUGUACAUCGGCAGCCAUGUGCAGAAGUCCACCAAGGUUGACGAUGAUAUGUUGCAUCACCUUGAUUUGCUCGAGAAUCACCCGGAUGGCUACAUUCGCCGAGUGACACAAUUGCAUUUUGACGACCCUCAUGUUCCUAAAGAAGCACAAGCUUAUUUCUUUCACAGUUUCAGGGCCAAUGUAUUGCCACCCCACCCUACUGGGCUACCCAUGUAUGAGAGCUUUACCCUUGAGCAUGUUGAAGCAUACACGCCCCGACAUCUGCGACCGCCCAACAAUGGUUUCUGGCCUGUCAUUUACGCUGCCCUGAGGUGAACACUAGUUAUCUGGUGAGGGCGACAUGGUUGUCUUUGUGUGGCGUCUGCUUGUGAGAGAAGAUACAGCCCCCAACAACUACAUUUUCUCUCUCUGCCACAAUCUACGGCCGUUUGACAACAGUUUCUGGCCUGUAUAUAUCUAAUUUUUGGGAGAAGUCGACCUAGAUUUGAGCUUGUCUCGAACUGUGUGUAUGGUGCAUCAAUAGGCUAUGGCGCUGGGUUAUCCAUGUAGCACACACCCCAGUGUGUGGGCAAAUCGGCAAAUCCACCAGAAUGUAGGAUUCUCACAGUCUCAAAUGGGAGCAUACCGGUGUGCCUCCCACCAAUCGGCGCUAUAAAAUGCAGCUUACCCAGCAGUUUUCUACUGCCAGCGUAGGUGCAAUCAUGGGGCAUUUGCCUUGUUGUGGAUGAUACAGCGCAAGCAGAGCAGACUAUGUGGCCAAUAUAAUACAAUGUAGCAUCUUUGGUAACGAUACACUAUAGCAGCUCGUAGUGUGCCGGGGUGCGAUCCCCCCCCCUGGCGUUGAAGAUGACGAUUAGACGGCGGUGAUGUGAAAGUAUAUCACCUCCGGCAAUGAAAUCGGAUACUGUGGUUAGGCUUUUCCAGCGAAGAUGACGGAUGUUGCUUGUCCAGCACAGGAUAUAGAUUGCAGCUUAUUGAAUGCGGAAAACACGGUAUGGCUUAUUCGGCACGAACAACGUGGUGCGGCCUGGUGCUAUGUGUCCAGAUUGUACACAAAAAUGUCAUCGAGUAUUCGGUUUCAAUCGUUGUAUACAGACCACAAGCUGAUGUUGCGGUCUUUCGAUCCCGCAGCGAGCAACCAACCCGAUCCUACACAAUUGUAUGACGCCAGCGUCUGUACACUAUCUCGAUGCCUGAUAUGUCGAGACAGCCCAAAUGCAAUUAAAACAAUCAUCAAAAUAUCAAUAGUAAAUUCUUGAUGGCCGAACUAUCGCGGAAGGGCCACGUCAAUAGGAAGUGGUAACAAGACUGUGGUAAUAAAAGC